AGCGCUGUAUGUGUCUGUUUAACACAUGUAUCAUACAUAACCUGAGAAGUGUAUUCCGUAUAUUCAAGCUGACUCAGGAAAGAAAGUUUUACCAUGAUCAGUUUGAGCCGAGCAGCAGAUCUGGUGGUGCCAACGUUUUGCUGCUAUACCAAAGGCUGUGCGUGAACGCGUGUAGUCCAGCUGGUUAGUGGAACACACCGAAGCCUCUUACAACGACGCUGUCUGGUUUUUAGUGCAGGAAAGGCCAUGUAAAGUGUGACCUCUAUGUUUGGAUUUUUAACGAUCGUUAGAAGACUAGAUGAUUCGAGGUUUGGUGUAUUAGGAAAACGACAUCUUACUAGAAUCUACCGACGGAAUGAUCCAAGAUUUUGUCGACAGAUCUUACCGUCGACUUCCUCCCGAGAAAGAUGAACCUGUCUGUGCUUUUAGUGACUUGAUUCGUGGUGUAAACAUUAAUUCAACACCGCACACUCAAGAUGACCGUUUGUACGAGACCGCUAAUGGAGAAAAGGACGAGAAGAAUUUCAUGACGAACUGCCUCGACGACGAUAGUAAUUCUAUAAGAACGUUUUUCGUGACAAAUUGUUCAAAUACGAAAACCCUGGACACGCGAAGUGAAGUUACGCAGAUUUCUGAGUGCCUUGAAAGACAUCCAUUUGUUUUAUUAACUCCUUUGAACACUCGGCAAUACCAAACGUAUUUUAAUAAGCCUUUUUUGAAAAGGGAAAAGAUUAGUGAUAGUGUAAAUAUUUACACGCCCUCUAUGGCCAAGGUGCUGUUAUUUGAAAAUGUAACGAAAGAUACUCAAACGGUUGAAAUGGAAACGAUUUCAACAGGUGUUUCGGACGUAAAAUAUACGAACCAAACUUGUUCACCAGCACCAACUUCAACAGACAGUGACCAGACUCUGCCUUUAGUUAUUGCAGACGUACGAGGUGACGCCAAAGAUGUGUUUAAUGAAGACAUUCCGAUUAAGUACAAUUACUCUGAGAACUCAAAUCCUUUUGACUCAAGCCUUGUUGGCAACAGUGUUGUUCAAUCUUUUUAUACAUUAUUAGAAGCAACAGAAAGCACAGUUUUUCGAAGUUCGUCUCCAACCAAAAUGAGUAUUGCAAGACUAACUUCAUCAGUAGGUGAUGAUGUAACUGGGUCAGAAGAUUUUGUCCAUGAAGGUACAGCGCCAGAGGGAGACGUAUGCGAUGAUGAUGAUGUUUUCACAGAUUCGUUUGAGGAGACUGCUCUAACCAACGGUAAUAAACGUGAGCAUGUUGGAGAAGAGAAGUCCACAGUUACAACCAGUUCGGAGUUAAGCAGCCAGAAGUGUAAUGACGAUCCCUCAGUAAGUUCCAACCAUAACUUGUUUGAAACAGUUAACCAGAGGCAUUUGAAAAAAAGGCGAAAAUGUCAGCGCGUGGUGAGUUACUCUGACGAUUCUUUGAUUGAUUCUAUACUGGACAGCAUGGAAAAACAGGACAAAAAGGAACUGAAAAAGCAUUCUAGGCUAGUGUCGCCACUUAUGAAAAAAAUACGAAAGAAAACAAAAUUGUGCUCUGAACAUCGAUGCAUAUCAGAUUCAAGUGUUCCCCGUUCGCAAAAUUCUGAUUUUGAAAACAGCGCCAAAAAAGUAUCAAUCGAUAGUACUUUAAAGUCUCCAAGAGUAGAUGCCAUCAAGCAAGAAACUGUUCAUCCCAUAAAGAUCUGUUUGUAUGGACGAAAAUCUGAAGUAAAACAGGUUAGAACUCGAAGAAAGAACAAAAGUGAUAAAAAUAUUUCGGAAUCUGUUAAGGCGUCAGCCAGAGACGUAAAGCCUCAGAGAAAGAGCACAACGAAAAAAUCUCAAAUGUCUUCGGUGUUUGCUAAGUUGGAAAAAGAACUUGGCGUUGGUUCAUAUGCAGCAUCCUCAAACCUGGUGAAUCAACAAGUCAAAGAAGAAGAUACGACAGCAGUGAAGAUGGAGUCUAAACCCAGCUCCUAUCUCCAAGAAACUAAACCCGAGGCAUCAUCAUUAGGACCCUCAAAGCCAAAUAAAACAAAGGUUAGUCCAGGUAGUGUUUCUGAACCCAUCCAGAGACCUUUACAAAGUUAUCCAAAGGAAGAAAAGCACCGCAAGAGAAGAAAACUGUCCCCUCCUUAUUCUUCUUCUCCAGGUUUGGAUAAUAACCAAUGUGGGUCCUCAAAGAGAACAAAACAGCUACGGUGGCAUUUAAAUGACGACGAAGCUCCAUUAAAACGACUAGCUCGAGAGUUACCUGGAUUCAACUGGCUCGAAGACAAAAUAAAAAACAUUUCCCAAUCAGAAAAAUUGAAUAACACUAGGAAUGAUGGCCCUGGACACAAAAUGGAUGCUGACACCAAUAAUCACUGUGACAAAGAGACACUUUGCGAAGCAGCUAAGAGCCAAAAUUGGAGCACAGAACGAUCCGAGCAGCCGGAACCCAAUCUUGCCAUUUCUGCUGAAAAGGAUAAAUCCAAAGACAUCCACAAUAGGUCAGAAUCGGUUGAAAACGGAGAUGAAUCCAAAGGGAAGGAUUCGCAUUUUACGUUUUAUAAACAAGUUCCUGUUGGUAUGGAAACGUCUUUAGGACAAGAAAUUACCAAAUCUCCAGCCCAACAUACACCGAAGGACCUUUCUGGCCAGCCGAUGUCGUCAAAAUAUCAACACAGUUGGAAACAAGAGAAAACCGAGAUCUCUCCUCCUCCUUGGUUUUAUUGUCAUCCACAAGAUUCAGUGUUAGAGGUUCAACGGAAGAUGACUAUGGAUAUAAUGAAAAGUAAUAAACCAAACAAUCUUACCGGAGCCAGUAACCUGAAAAGAUUUGGCAGAAUCAAGCAGCACAUUCUCGAAGUUUCUAUCGACCUGUCCUAA